CACUAUGGAAGAGAUGAGGAUUCUUGCUUUUCAGUAUGCAAAGCAUUUGCAGAAAAAUAUUCCAGAAAACUGGGAUGUAAAUGAGAUGGCCGGUGAAGAAUGGAGCAGGAACUUUAUGAAAAGGAACCGGUCACUUUCAGUCAGGAAGCCUGAAAAUACCUCGGUGGCUAGAAAUUCAAACUUUAAUGAAAAGCAACUGGAGGUUUUUUACCAGAACCUAGAAGAGGUAAUGAAAAAGUUUGAUUUCAAGCCGAACCGAAUUUACAAUAUCGAUGAAACCGGCUUAAGCAGUGUUUUACCACCAUUGAAUGUAAUCGCUCCUUAAGGAGUCCGACAAGUCGCUCAAGCAACCUCUGAUGAGAGAGGUCAACACAUUACCAUGGUUGGUCUGAUUUCUGCAGCGGGAAGUUCGAUACCCCCCAUUUAUAUUUUUCCCAGAAAAAAAACAUCCGAUGUUUAUAUGGAUGGAAGUCCUGAAGGUUCCAUCGGGAUUUUCAAUGGUUCAGGGUAUCAAGAUAAGGAUUCGUUCCUAGAGACUUUGAAGCAUUUAAAGAAAUACGCUUUGUCUUCAAAAGAAUCUCCCAUUUUGUUAUUGUUGGACAACCAUGCUUCACAUUGUCAUGUCCAAUGUAUUGACUACUGCAGGGAAAAUGGAAUCAUUAUGCUCUCGUUUCCGCCACAUACUUCCCACAAGACUCAACCACUGGACAUAAGUGUUUUCGGGCCUUUUAAAAGACGCUGUGCUAAAUUAUUUCAAGCGUGGAUGCGCGAGAACCGAGAGAAAGCCGGGCGCAUAACUAUUCACAACAUUGUCAAAAUUUCUGCCGAAGCUCUUGAGGGUAGUUUCUCCAAACAUAAUGUCCAAGCUGGAUUUUUGAAGGCUGGCAUUUUCCCUUUUAACAAAGAGCGCUUAAUAAAUCAAGCCAAGGAAGUGGAGAGUAUUUCCACAAACCUACAAAUAAAUCCUGAACCUAGUGAAGCGAAUGCUGAAACAGUGGAGACCAUCAGACCCCUUCCAAGACCUCUUCAGAUUAAAAAUGAAAAUAAAAGAACUGUGACAUCCAUGGUACUUACCAAUUCACCAGAAAGGGACAAAAGGAAUCUUAUUGAAAUAAAAAAAGAACCCAAAGAGUGUUGUAAGUGCAAGACAGAACUAGAGAAACGCCGAGGGAGAAAGAGAAAGAGCACAGAUCCUGAAGAUGUCGACAAUAAUGAAAAUAAACAAAAAAGGAAGAAAAUUCAGAAGAAGGUGAUUUAUAAGAAAACUCAAGAUCAAAAAUAAUACUAAUAAUUUUUCAACAUUUUUACAUCAAACUAUUUAACUAACUUUCAAUUCUAUAGUAGAUUGAAUUUUGUGAUAUUGGAAACUAAUUUAUAGCUUUGAAUAAAAACAUGAAGUUAGAAAACUGUAAAUUGACUUUAUUUUAUU